AUGUCCGGCCCACAUGACCAGCCCAAGCAGAUCGAGGGCACGCUCUUGGUCGUCGGAGCAGCAUGCGUUUUCGCCCUGGUCGCGCUGGUGGUCAAGAAGGACCCGAUGCCAGUUCUGCUUGCGACGGAGUUCCGAUUCCUUGUGAGCUGGGUAGUUGCAGUCGCUUUCAUGCUGCUGUACCGGCGAGAGCGUGGUCUCUACUGGUUUGGCCCUCCUUCAUCGCGUAAGUGGUUGGUGCUGAAAUGUGCCUCUUCCUUCUUCUUCAUCAACCUGUGGUGGAAAGGUAUCCAGCUGGCACCCGUAGGCGACUGCAUCGCCAUCAUCUACACUUCACCUAUCUUUACGUCCAUCCUCUCAUGGCUGCUGCUGAAAGAGCCGCUGCUGCCCCAGUUUCCCCUUCAGAUUCUGCUGGUGCUGCUGGGCACGCUGCUUGUGUUGGAUCCUCCCGCGCUUCGUUGGCUUCUUCCGUCCGGCGGGAUGGAGGAAGAGAAGCCAAGAGACUACACGUACGUUUUCCUAGCCCUGGCUGUCGGGUGCAUCUGCCCCAUCGUCACGCGGCAGACGCGCGAAUGCAGCUGGAUCGAGGUGGAGCACGUCAGUGCCGCACUCGCUGCCGGAGUGCUGUGCCCGGCGAUGCUUCUUGUGAACAGUUGGCUGUCGGGAGUCUUUCCUCACAUCCCGACAGCUUCAAGAGAAGAAACCUUUCUCAUUGUUCUCGCCGCUCUCGGAUCGUUUGUGGGCAUUGCUAUGGAAACCAAAGGAUAUCAGCUCGCCGAGGUCGGCAAAGCUUCCAUGUUUCGCUACGUGGAGGUGCCUUUCGCCUACUUCUUGCAGCUGAUCGCCACCAAGGAGCCUGUGCGGGUGCAGGCGCUGGUGGGCUCCGUUCUCAUCAUCGCCUCCUGUUUUCUGGGACUGGAGCUGCCAAUCUUCGGAAAUUCCGAGAGAUCCGAGAAAGCGGCGCCACUGCUGCGAAUCCCGGGAUCCCCGUAG